AAUACAACCAAUAACGGUUGUCGUACUAAGCCCCUCAACCCUUUCCAGGCUUCCCUAAUUCCUCUCGGCCUCAUUCUCUUCUUCUCCAAAUUUCCAAUCUUCACGAGACCACAGCCGACUCCAAUCUCCGACGCCCUCCAUCCAAAUCUUCCUCUCACGCCCUCCGGCUGUCCGGCCGACGCCCUCGCUGCUCAAGGAGUCAAGGAGACAAGUAGGAACUUGCUCGAUAAGGACUUUUCUGUUUUGUUUGGAAGUAUUUUGAGCUGGUGUUUACUAAAUUCCGUUUGAUUUGAUCCGAUUGAGAGGGAGGACUGAUAAGCCACCAUGGGAGAGAGAAAGGUUUUGAACAAGUACUAUCCGCCGGAUUUCGAUCCGGCGAAGAUACCGCGCCGGAGGCAGCCGAAGAACCAGCAAAUGAAGGUUCGAAUGAUGCUUCCAAUGAGCGUUAGAUGCAAUACCUGCGGGAACUAUAUCUACAAGGGCACCAAAUUCAACUCCCGCAAAGAAGACGCCGUAGGCGAGAACUAUUUGGGUAUUCAAAUAUUCAGAUUCUACUUCAAGUGCACAAAGUGCUCUGCAGAGAUCACGUACAAAACGGAUCCAAAAAAUUCUGAUUAUAUUGUUGAGUCGGGUGCAACAAGGAAUUUUGAACCUUGGCGUGAACAAGAUGAGGAAAUUGAGAAACUGAAACAGAAAAGAGAUGCUGAAGAAAUGGGUGAUGCUAUGAAGUCAUUGGAAAAUAGGACGUUGGAUUCAAAAAGAGAAAUGGAUAUUCUUGCUGCUUUGGAUGAAAUGAAAUCCAUGAAGUCAAGACAAGCAACCGUGAGUGUGGAAGCAAUGCUUGAGGCUCUUACACACUCUGCUGAGGAAAAGGAAAGGAAAAUGCUGGAAGAAGAGGAAGCUCUUAUUAAAUCUUUAUUCAAAGGAGAGCGAGAGAAGUUUGUAAAAAGAAUCCGUGAUGAUGAAAUUGAAGAUGACGAUGAUGAUGAAGAAGAUUUGGAUAUACCACAAAAGAGUGGAGAAUCAUCAACCAAUUCUGUUAAGAGGAGAAAGCUACCUGAGGAACUAUGUAGUAACCCUACAGAUGUCUUGACAAAAUCCAAUGCCACUGACAACUCUAGUGACAAAGAUAAAGCGGCGGGGAAGAGGGAUUCUGGUAAUGAAAAAUUCAUUUUUAUAGUCAAGAAGAAAUCUUUGCCUUCUAGUAGCAAGGAGAUUGUAGAGGAAGAAAAGCCCAAGCAGGAGGAAGAGGCAAGCCUGAAAAGCAAUGGAUUACUAUCAUUAUGUCAACAAUAUGAGAGUGAUGAUGAUGAUGAUGAUUAGUUUGAGUAUUUAUGAAUCUUAAUUGUGUAAGAUAUGUGUACACUGUCGAUUUGAGUUCAGCUCAGGCCCAGCUCUUGGAGGAUUAGAAAGUGCUGCAUAUGGGAAAAUAUUUUACAUUUUUUGUGUACUCAAACCAGCUCUUGGAGGAUUAGAAAGUGGUGCAUAUGGGAAAAUAUUUUACAUUUUUUUUGCAAAAAUUUAUCGGUGAUAAGCAUUGUUAAUA